ACUUCAUCCCACCCAUUGAUUAAUUCACACCGGGUCACUACUGCGAUCUUGGUGCCACUUGGCAUCUACAUGCCAGAUAGAUCUGAGCAUUGAUGCUGUAUCCACAAACACGUCCGGGCUGCAAACAUUUUUUUCUGAUAUUUUAAGGCAGAUUUUAUUUAGAGGCGGUGCUUGUAAGCUCUCGAGUAGCGUCGUAGCGACACUUUUUUUCUACCCCAGUCAAGAGUGUUUGGCCAAGAGCGUAGUUGGAGCUGGGGGGUCGAGUGGAUUUGGGGGGUGAUUGCUGCUUUUUUGCAGGUUUUUUCUCUUUUUUAUUUUUUCUUUUUUUUUUACUUUUGCAUUUUUCCUGGAUUUUUUCCUCCAAUUUUGGUUCCAUCUCGGGAUUUUCUUUUGGAUCAUGAACAAACUAUACAUCGGGAACCUGAGCCCUUCAGUCACUGUCGAAGACUUGAAGCAGCUCUUCGGGGAGAGGAAGCUCCCUCUAGCCGAUCAGGUUCUGCUCAAGUCCGGCUAUGCCUUCGUGGAUUUCCCCGACCAAAACUGGGCCAUUAAAGCCAUUGAGACUUUGUCUGGCAAAGUCGAAUUGCACGGGAAGGUGAUUGAGGUAGACUAUUCUGUUCCAAAAAAACUAAGGAGUCGGAAGAUUCAAAUCCGGAACAUUCCCCCACACCUUCAGUGGGAGGUUUUGGACAGUCUUUUAGCACAGUAUGGCACUGUAGAAAACGUGGAACAAGUUAACACUGACACAGAUACAGCUGUUGUGAAUGUCACAUAUGCAGCCAAGGAGCAAGCAAAAGUGGCUAUUGAGAAGUUGACAGGGCACCAGUUUGAGGAUUACUCCUUCCGAGUGUCUUACAUCCUGGAUGUGGAUGCUGCACCCCCGCCACAGAGUUCGCGGUCUCGACGAGGUGGCCGGCAGUCACGUGACCAGGGAGCUUCUCAGGCUGGGCCCUCAGGGAGCCCAGCUGGGCCCCGGCACAAGCAGCAUGACUUCCCCCUGCGCAUGCUAGUACCCACACAGUUUGUGGGGGCCAUCAUUGGCAAAGAAGGGCUCACCAUCAAGAAUGUCACCAAGCAGACCCAGUCCAAGGUGGAUAUCCAUCGGAAGGAGAAUGCUGGAGCUGCAGAGAAGCCCAUCACCAUUCACUCCACUCCUGAGGGAACCUCCUCUGCCUGCCGAAUGAUCAUGGAGAUCAUGGAGAAAGAGGCCAGUGAGACCAAGACAGCUGAGGAGAUUCCACUGAAAAUUCUUGCCCACAACAGUUUAGUCGGGAGACUGAUUGGUAAGGAGGGCAGAAAUCUGAAGAAAAUUGAACAAGAGACUGGGACCAAGAUAACUAUCUCCUCCCUACAAGAUUUAACCAUUUACAACCCAGAGAGGACCAUUACUGUAAAAGGCAGUAUUGAUGCCUGCUGUAAGGCUGAAGUAGAAAUCAUGAAGAAACUUAGAGAAGCCUAUGAGAAUGACAUUGCUGCUAUAAAUCAACAAGCCAACUUGAUCCCUGGGCUGAACCUGAAUGCUCUAGGCAUUUUCUCGACUGGACUGUCGGUGCUUCCGCCUGCAGCUGGACCUCGCGGAGCUGCCACGGGUCCCGCUGCUGGCUACACCCCUUUCCUAAGUCACUCAUCGCAUUUGGGUGGUCUGUAUGGGGUCCCUCCUGCCAGCGCCUUAUCCCAUCAGCACUCACAGGUUCCUGAGCAGGAGGUAGUCUACCUCUUUAUUCCAACUCAGGCUGUUGGAGCACUCAUUGGCAAGAAAGGGCAGCAUAUCAAACAGCUGGCCAGAUUUGCAGGAGCCUCCAUUCGGAUUGCCCCAGCAGAAAGUCCUGAUGUUACCGAGAGGAUGGUCAUCAUUACUGGACCCCCUGAAGCACAGUUUAAGGCUCAAGGGAGGAUAUUUGGAAAGCUGAAAGAGGAGAAUUUCUUCAGUCCAAAGGAAGAGGUAAAGCUGGAGACCCACAUCAAAGUGCCCUCAUCUGCAGCUGGAAGAGUCAUUGGCAAAGGAGGCAAAACGGUAAAUGAGUUGCAGAACCUCACCAAUGCUGAGGUCAUUGUACCACGGGACCAAACUCCAGACGAGAAUGACGAAGUCUUUGUAAAAAUUAUUGGGCAUUUCUUCGCCAGUCAGACUGCACAGCGAAAGAUCAGGGAGAUUAUACAGCAGGUCAAACAGCAGGAACAAAAACACCAGCAGGGAGCUCCCACGCCGCACCACUCCAAGUGAACACCAGGGCGGCACCUGCGAGCAACAGCCGAUGAAUGUAGCCCUUCCAAUGGAGGAGAGACAGACAGAUGAGACAGACCAGCAAAAUGGGGAACAAAACCAAAGAACAUUACUAGGGAAAUGUGUGAGCCAAAGGCUGGGGCUUUGCGUGCACUGCCAAUGCGGAGGGGAGAAGAUUAUGUUAAAUACAUAAAAAACAAUAAAAAACUAAAAAUAAGGAAGAAUAUAAACUGCAGAGAGGGCAUCUGCAGUCUUUCCAGUUUAAACAUAAAGAAUUCUGUCAUUCUUUAUAACGCUAUCCCUUUAGUUGGACUAACAUAGGCCUAACUUAAACAGAAAAAGAUAUUAACAAAUUUGUACAUUAUGUUGUAGUGGUGGAUGGGGUCUGGGAGGGGAAGGUUAGGGCUGAGCAAACAGAUUUUUACAAUGGGUGCUGACAUUCAGAUUGCAUAUUUCCAAGUGUCGUUAGCCCUAGCAGUAUUAAUAUAUAUAUAUAUUAGAAAUGAUAAUAUAUAUUAAACAAAAGAUAACAAAGGUUAUUUUUCCAUAGAUGAAAAUAGGCUUUCUAGACAUGAAUUAAGAUGAGUGGUUCAUAUUGGGCAGUAAAGAUAUUUCAGCAACAGUUUGAACAUAUCUAAUAUUUGUUUGCAUUUGGAGUCAACUUUCAGAAAAAAAAACUCUAGGAAACCUAGUGGAUUGUUAUGGAUAUUUGUUACUUAGCCUGUGUGUGUGCCAACACAAGGGAUAACGUCCCUUUGAAAAUGUUUUAAAGUUUUCAUCUCUGUGUAGCUCACAGUUUUUACAUACUCUUUGCUUAACGGUUCUCAAUGGGCUUUUUGCAUUACUGUCAAUUUUUUUUUCAUCUGAGCAGUAGCGAGCAGCAUUCUGAUGUUUUUGAGAUGGCUUCUGUUUCCCCGCAUGGAUCAUGAUAACAUGAAAAUCACACAAACAACAAUUAAUGACGACAUAAAAAUAGAUGGUACCUGUCCUAAUUUAAAAACACUGUCCGGGAAAAAAAAAGUUUGGAAGCAGUUUCCGAAUAGGCUAUUUGAAGAGGGAGAAAAAGAUGUACACAAAAAUUGCAUCCAAAUUGACGUCUUAAAGUCACGCCCCUCAAUUGUUAAUGCAGCAAUCUAGGGCCAUAGUUAAUAGAAUGUGCUACACGUUCUCUGCCUUACAUUGAACUUUCAAGUAAAACAGCACUAUGGAGAAAAAAAAAUGUGACACAGGGCCACGAUGGUUUGUAGUUUUGUACUUUAAUGGUUGACUUUAUGGAGGAGGGGGAGAGAGAAGGCACUGCAUGAGCUGUGGUACGUACUAGAAGGUGAAAUAGUUUUUCGAGCCCUUCUCUUUAAUGUAAUCCACACUAAACCACAUGCUAGCAGUUGGCUUUAACCUCUCGGUCAGGGAGCGUUCUGUCAUGGCCUGACAACUGUGAAUGUACAAUAUGCAGCCUUUUUUUCCCCAUCCGUUUCCAGCAUAUGGUUGGUCAACAGGAUUGUUUUCUUGUUUUUUUUUCAUCCCAAGCAAUUGUUUGUUGGAUGUGCAGGUACGGAUGGCCCUGUUCUUGUGCUUUACAUAAUCACCAUGGAAACAUGCUGCCUUAAAUGUUACUGAUUGGAGAAACAUUCUCUCUCGUCAUGAGCUAUCGGUUUAGCUAUAUCUUCCAGACUUUUUAAGGUUUAGCACGAAUACACACAAGUUUGUGUGUGUAAAUAUAUAUAGAGAGAAAUAUUUAUAAAUAUAUUUUUUUUCCUAUUUUGUGAUGAGAAGAAAAAAACAAAAAACAUUUCAUCUUUUUUUUAAGUAUAUUUUGUUUGGUAGGACACUGCCAUAUGAAAUUGAAGGGAAGUGUUUUAUUUUUGAAAACAUGACUAUUAAUAAUAUAAAUGAUGAAUAACGAUAAUGAGAACAAUACAAAAACAUAAAUAAAAAUGAAAUAAAGAGAUAAUUUGCCCAGGACAUGGAACAGUGCGCAUUUCAAUAUUGUGAUCUACCUCAGGUGUUAGGGUACCUCAGUCUGUUCUUUAAUUUCCCUUUUUCGAGAUUUUGUAUGCCUUGUAAAUCUGAUAGUUUUGAGCAUUUUUUUAUUUUUUUAAUAAAAAAAAUGAACAAGAAAAAAAAGGAAUUAGUUGAAACAUUUAAGUCCAUGCUGGUUGUCAAGGGAGGAUGGGUCAUUUGAACUGUAUUGCAAUUAUUCUACCCCCCCCUCCAGCUGGACAACUCUCUAUCUUUUUUUUUAAAACCAUGGAUAUCAAAAUUAUGAAAACGAAAUUGAAGGGAUACAUGCCCAUAGUGUUUCUGAGUAAAGGUGAUAAUGUAUACUGAUUUCAUGAGCAAAGAAACAUCAACAACAGCAAAAUACUAUUGUACCAACAGACUGCAAUACCAGUUUUCUUCACUGCAAAUAGUGUUAUGUGAAAAAAGAAAUAUACUACAAAAUUUGUGACCCAGCCUGUUUUUACCAGUUAGCACAGAUAAACCUAUGCUCGGAGAAUGGUGUAAAGCUUCUAAAACAUGCAUAUAAACACAGAAAGUACAUUAAUGUGUAUAUAACACUAGCAUUUACUAUAGUGUGUUAUGAUAGACUAGUGGUCUGGCUGUUACUGUGUAUCGGAGGAAUACAUGUAUAUCAGUAAACAUAGAUGUACAAUAGAAGACUGAUGCAAACUGAUCUGUUUUCCCAUUAACCCUGCAUUCCCCUUUAGUUCAUAUAUAGAGACAUAAACACGUUGAGACUUAAUGGCAGUGACAUUUUAGACAGCUGUGUCAGGUAACUUGCUUAAAAAUACUUAACAUACUGAAGGAGCCUUUUAAAGGCAGUUUUCUGCUGUACUUUGCAUGCUCUGUGAAGCUUCCUUUCUGUGUGGAACUUUCCAAAAAAAUGGUUCUUCAUCACCUACACACAUUUUAAUCAUAUGAAUUUGUUAGCAAGUUUCUUUUUUGUAACACAUUUGAAAUUGCCCAUUGUCCAUAGGUUUGGCUUACAGAUACAACUAUUAUAGCCACAUUGUGCAUUGAGGUUGUCUAUACUGUAUCUUUGCAGACUGAAAGUUUGUGCACAUUCUUUGAUUGGAUGAUUGGUGCACCCAGAAAGCAAAUGAAAACUCCCCCAGUCACACUUGAACUGUGACAAUUAUAUGUCAACAUUUUAACAGAAUUCCAGUCACACACGGCUAAUGGCAUACCCCAGAUUUGCACUGGAAACCUCUGCACAAUAAGGCCAAACAAGGACACUAGGCAGAGGUGCUUUAGCAUUAUGUUGAAAUCCGGUCCCAAGUUUUAAACUGAAUUUACAAAUACAUGCAUUUAUCAAGGAGAAUUCAACUUAUGAAUUAAAAGGCAAUAUGUCUGUUCAUUUAAGCUCUUCACAUCCUUCAAUGAGGAGCAGACAUUUUGUUUUUACUGUAUGUAUACUUUUUUAAACAGAGGUGAAGGGUAAACAAUUGACUUACUAUUUCAAUCAUUGUAAUCUGAAGAAUUUUAUCAGGCUUUUGAAAAUUGCAUGAUGUUUCUUGUGCUUUAACACAUUUUGCUAUGCAUGUUCUCUUCUUGCCCUCUAUUGUCUUUUCUCAAAGCAAAACAGAAGAAAGCAAUCUCAGAGCACUCAAUGAUGAAGUACAAGCACAAACUCCAAAUGCAAGACACCAGCAUUUCUCUCCUUGAUUUGUAGCUAGACAGACAAGGUGAAAAAAUGAAAGUGAAGGGAAUUCCCAGACACACUGAAAACAUCCAAAACUAGCUACUACAAUAGCCCAAGUUGAAAAUUAAAGCACCUGUGCACAGAAGCAGACACUAGUAACCCAUUCUCAAGAGACUUAAUUGAGAUUAUAAAGUUUAUAGUGUAAAUCUGGAGAAAAUAGACUACAAAGAGUCUCCUCCAGAACUACAGGGAUAUCCUCAGAGCCACAGACAUCAGGAAAUGAAUUAAAAAAGAAAGGUUGUAAUAGGAUUACUUUACCCAGAGUCCAUUAAAUUGGCUCAUUUGUAACCGAUUUUCAUAAAAACCAUGAAACAGCCAAGUGAAGUAAACUAUGCAUAAUUUACAGAGGAAUGCAAUUACAGAAUCUUGCUGUUCAUAUAAUUUGUCAUUUGUUUCCUGGCAAGUGUAACAUUGCAGAACCGUGUUGAGCACAGAUAUUCUACAAAGACUUUAUAACUUGCCUUGAUUAAAUGUUUGAAAAAUAAGCUACUAAUAAUGAGGUGAGGAAAUAGGCAGAAGAGCUAUCAGUUGUUCAUAACAUUUCUUAGGUACUUAACUUUUAGAAGGAGUUACUGUUGUUUGCCUUUCAGAAAAUUAUAUCUAAGAUGAAGAUGUUUUACAUUGAAGGCAGUGAAGCACUGUUUUAUGUGCAAGAAGUCUGGUCUGGGCAGAAUAUCUUGUAUUGACUAGAAUGCUUUGGAAUGGAAAACUCCUGAGACAUUGCUUUGGAAAAUGCUCCAAUGUAUAAUGAGAUUGUGAAUGCUAGCAUUAUACGCAAGGGAUUGGAAUUUAUUUUAGUUGUUUUUAGUUUUUAAAGGGUUUUCUUGUUUGAUUUGAAGAGAUUUGUCUCAACUUUUUCUCAUCCAGAACUUAGAGAUAUUUAAUCUUAAUGUUAAGACACAACAUUUCUGGUGAACAAUCAAAACAUUUUGACAUCUGUCUUCCUAAGUACAGUACUAUGAUGUAGUGCAAUAUAGGGGUAGAAGAAAACCUUUUUAACCUGUUUGUUUUUACGUGCAGAAAUGCCUUCUACCUUUCAGUUUCCAAAUUACAGCUGAUUUGGCUGACAGGAGGUUUAAAUGCAGCUGAAAACCACGCGAUGAAAACCCUUGGCAGGAUUCUCCUAUUAAAAUUACAUUUGAAGUUUAACACUACAUUUUGAUUGCUACUAAAGCAAAUCUGACAUGUGCAUUACUCAUAUCCUCGUAGUUUGACAAACUGGAUUUGUAGAUCUUAGGAGUUUUAAAUUGCUACCCAAGGAGGGAAUGCUCAUCAGUAAAUUGAUUGGAAUUUACAAUAUUUUUUCUGUUGUAGUGCAGAACUCAAAUUUUUUACAUUUUCUCAAAACUAUGUUCUCAUUGAACUGCUGGUCAGGCAAUCUGCCAUCCAAAUCUGUGAUUCUUUUAUUGAGAAAGAGAUUUGAGUUCUAUGGAGUAAAAGCAUUGAGCACUUUUGGCUUUUAAAGGCAUGCAGGGAUUAACAAAGCAUAAAUUGCAUUUUGAGAGACAUUUCUGAUCUAGGUAGAGAAGGAAGCAGCACUAGAAAAAAAGCAGCCUUUGUUUGCCCCACAUUACUACCUGAAUAUAGAAUUUCUUGUGAAUCACUUUUAUCUGUUACAGAGGCUGUCACAGAUGUAGCAGAAAACUGACUUAAAAAGCAAGUUGAUUAUGUAGAGGUUCUUAGCAGGAUAUGCAAGAAUAGUAUGUGACUACUUAGGACUUCAUUCCUUAAUAGAUUUCUUCCUUUACUUUUUUAAAUAAAUAAGACAUUGCAUGAGACAAAGGUCAUAGGGUGUAAAAACAUUUCACAUACAUUUGUAAUUAGCUUAGGUGGUUUCAUUCCUAAACAGAACUUCACCAAUGGAGGUCUCUUUAUUCUAUUACGAAACCUCAGAAAUAAAAAUCUCUUUCCAUCAGUUACCAUUUGACACCUGUGAUAAACAUACAAAGGCUUUUUAAUGCUGGUUUAGGAGGUGAUUCAUUCCUUAUGGUAACAGCCAAUAACUUUGAAAUUGUGGGUGAACUGUACUGCAGACCAACCUGGAUAUGAGCAAUAAAGAAAGUCAUCAGAUGUUGAAAUGAU